UUUAAAGUCCAAUAGUGAAGUGUAUCUAUAAUAUUAUGUGCGCUUUUUCGAAUGUGUAAUCAAUGAGAUGCCGCUUGCUCAUCUAGGUCAACCAUUCCUGAAGGCAAGCGAUGUCACAAAUGAGUGCAUAUCUAUAGAUGAUGCACCGGACGUUGGCUGCCAAAAGGUUGAUGUUGCCGAGGUUGAAGUGAAUAUUGAGAACUUAGCUCAUAAUACAGAAAAAGUCGAUCCAUCAUGUUUUGAUUUACUUUAUGUCAUCGGUCAAGGGUCUUUUGGAAAGGUAUUUCUGGUGAGGAAAAACAAUGGAAAGGAUAAAGGAACUCUGUAUGCAAUGAAAGUGCUAAAGAAGGCUGUUUUGAAAGUUCGUGAUAGAUUGAGGACAAAGUUAGAAAGAGAUAUUCUAACUAGAAUUAAACAUCCAUACAUUGUUGAUUUGCAUUAUGCUUUUCAAACUGAGGGAAAGGUGUAUCUUAUCCUGGAAUUUCUUAGGGGAGGGGAUCUUUUCUCCCGCUUAUCCAAAGAGUACAUGUUUACAGAAGACGAUGUGAAAUUCUAUUUAGCUGAAAUCGCAUUGGCUCUUAACUAUUUACACAGUCACGGGAUAGUUUAUAGAGAUUUAAAACCUGAAAAUGUUCUACUGAAUGAAGAUGGUCAUGUGCGUUUAACUGAUUUUGGCCUAUCAAAGGAGUCAAUUUUCGAAUCAGCUGGUGAUCGAACGUAUUCAUUUUGUGGAACGGUUGAAUAUAUGGCUCCAGAAGUUGUAAGUAGACGUGGACAUGGUACAGCUGCCGACUGGUGGAGUUUCGGGGUACUUAUGUAUGAAUUACUUACUGGUAUGCUGCCUUUUCAUAGUGAGAGUAGAAAAGAUACAAUGCAAAUGAUUUUAAAAGCAAAAUUAUCAAUGCCACAGUUUCUUAGUCCUUCAGCUCAAAGUUUACUACGUGCUCUUUUCAAGCGAACCCCAUCGAAUCGGCUAGGAUAUGGACCUGAAGGAUUUGAACAUUUAAAAAAUCAUGAAUUUUUCAAUACAAUCAAUUGGGAUGAUUUAUUGAAUGGUUGUAUUCCACCACCAUUUAAACCUCCUUGCUCAUCAAUUAAUGAUAUCUUAAAUUUCGAUUCAGAAUAUACAUCACGUACACCACAUGACUCACCGUGUCCACCAGCCAGUGCAUCAGCGCAUGCAUUGUUUCGUGAAUUCAGUUAUGUAGCGCCUGGAUUUUUUGCAGAGCAUAAUAAUAAUGAUCAUAAUACAACAAUUACAAAUAGUUGCAACAAUCAUGUCAACCUUAAUAAAGAAGUAUUGAAUGGAACGAACACCACUUGUUUGAGUUCACCGAAAGAGAAAUUCAAUUAUAAUUCUCGACACGAUGAUGAUCGUGCGAAUCCAGCACAUGUUCCAGAAGAUCUUCCACCUUUAACUCCUACAGUGGCAAGACGUUUUCUUCGCUUAGCUGGCUUGUCAGGUGUGAAAUAUAAACCGUUUUCAGUCGAUUAUAUCUUACUGGAGGAAAUCAAUAAAGGCUCUUUUUCAGUUGUACAUAAGUGCUGUCAUCGAAAUACGAAUGCCGUUUGCUGUGUUAAGAUUAUUGAUAAAUCAAAACAAGAUGCCCGUGAAGAAGUUGAAAUAUUGCUUAGACACCAUAAUCAUCCAAAUAUUGUUUCCGUUCGAGAUGUUUAUGAAAAUGAGAAUUUAGUUUAUCUUGUUAUGGAAUAUUUAAAAGGUGGUGAGUUAUUGGAUAAAAUAUUCCGAGAAAAAUUUCUUUCUGAACGGGAAGCCAGUAAUAUCACUUAUGUGAUUGCAAAUACAUUAAGUUAUUUACACAGCAAUAUGGUUGUGCAUCGUGAUCUUAAACCAUCCAAUGUAUUAUAUGCAGACGAUUCUGGUGGUAUAUCUUCCCUGAGAAUAUGUGAUUUUGGUUUUGCAAAACAAUUGAGAGCUGAAAACGGUCUUUUAAUGACACCGUGUUAUACCGCAAAUUUUGUUGCACCAGAAGUGUUAAAAAUGCAAGGUUAUCAUGCUGCAUGUGAUGUAUGGAGUUUAGGUGUAAUAAUGUAUACAAUGUUAUUUGGACAAACACCAUUUGCAAUUAAACCAAAUGAAUCAUCUGAAGUAGUUUUAUCACGUAUAGAAUCUGGUCGAUUAGAUUUAAUCAAUAAGAAUUGGAACAAAAUAUCUGAUUCAGCAAAAGUAUGUAUUAUAAAUUAUAUAUCUAUAUAUACUUGUAAAUAAUUUAUUCUAGUAAAUGACAUAACAUAAACUUUUAUUGUUUAUCUUAAUUAUUCUUGUUUCUUUCACAUUAACUCAUUGAGGUUUAGAAAAAAAAAUGUCAAAGUGAUACUUUACUCAAGCUUUAUUGCACUAGUGAACAUCAAUAAACAAUCUCUAUGAUAUUUUCUGAAGGAAAAAGAAAACACCAAAAAAAUGAUAAUAAUAGAAAUUAUGCCAUAUAUCUAUAAUUUGGCAACAAAAAAAAUCACAUCAAAAUGCAUGACCUGAUUAUAUCAAACUAAACACAUGAUUUAAUAUCCUUGUUUGUUUGUUUUCACCUGUAAAUCAAUAUAAUUUGUAUUGUUUAUUAUUUGUUGAAGUCGAAAUGAAAUGUUUUCUAAACCAUAUCAUUAAAAACAUUCAGUUAAAGUUUAAUCAUUUAUACAGCAAAGACAUUUUGAAUCAAUCAAUUAUUUCUUAGUUUUAUCUAAUUCAAUUUGAAAUAGUUUCGGUUAUCAGUCAGUCAGUAAGUCAGUUACAACGUAGGACCAGGCAUAUAUAUGCAUCGGUUUGAAUUAUGCUGUUGUUUAUAUUAUUUCUUUACUGAAAUUUAAUCAGUCUUUUUUCAGCAUAUAUGCAUGCUGUAUAGAUUGCUUCCAUAUAGCCAUUAUGACACAAGAUAAUGUAGAAUAAAUAGAAUCUGACUGGUAGUGGUAUCCAGGACUCUCGUUUCGUCUCAUCAGGAAUCCGUUGUACAAGCGUAGUGAUUAUCCGGACUAAAAAGCUAAGGGAAUAAUCUUCGGUGAAUGGUACUGGAUUUAUGUUUUAGAGUGGAAACUAGCCUUGAGCUACAGGCGAAUUCAGCUGAAAAGUCAUUGGUCGAUCAAAAUACUUGUCCUAGAUUCCACUGCUAGCCACAAUUCAUGCAUUCCAUAGUCUCAUCUGUUCUUAUUUAUUUUAAAAGGAUAAAAAUAAAUUCAUUCUUAUAUUGUUUCAUCUGAAUAUUUAUCAUAUUUAAAUGCAUAGUUUCAUGAUAUGUUUUAAAAUCUUGAUAUUAUGUAGAAAAUUAUGGAAUUUACACUUGGUAGAAUCGUACACUUAAACGCUAGAUAAUGCCAAUAGACCUGACAAUAGAUAAUAGGUUUAACCUACGAAGAACUAGACUAGACACUAAAAUAUGUGAUAUGCACAAUACAAUUAUCUCAUUAAUAAUCAAGAACAAGAUAUGACAAAGAACAAUAGUUUAUUGACACAAGUACAAAAUAGUCAACUGUUGGUGAAAUCCCAGUAGAAUCUGCAAUGGAAUGAACAUACAAUAUUAUAUAGUCUCAUAUUUUUAUGUAUUCACCUUCGCUCAUUGGUCGAUCACGUCUCACUUUUACCGACAUAUGAAAAGUGACAAUGUAAUAUAUAUAUAUAUAUAUAUAUAUAUAUAUAUAUAUAUAUAUAUGCUGGAAAAAAUCGUUUCAGUUAAAUCAAUUUUCAUUAUGCCGUACAAUACCAGUCAACUGACUACCAAUAACAUAUGAAAUUAUUGAAUGCCUUCUAUGGAAAUUUCAACUGGUUUAUACAUUGUUACAUAGGAAACAGAAAAUUUACAACUAAUAUUAGUAAUACCAGUAGAUUAGACCAAAAAGACAAUUGUUAUUCACAUUUGUAGUAAAAAUAAAGUCUAGUUUUUCCGAAAUUUUCACGUAGAUAUCUCAGUAUCUGAUAUUUAACAUUAUAUUAGUUGAAAGUUACCGAUUUAUGUUUAUAGUACAGUAUUGGUGUUUUGGUGGGUUGAUUGUUCACCCAUCAUAGAUAUGGAGGAUUUAUUAACAAAAAUGUUAAAUCCUGAACCGUCUAAACGUUGUACAGCUAGUGCGAUCUUAUCACAUCCAUGGAUUAAAAAUCGUGAUCAACUGUCACCAGAAUUAUUGACGGACGUUUUGUUAAAUGAUGUCAGUCAAACAAAAAAUUCAGUUGAAGCUACAUUUAGAGCAUUAAAUAGUACUAGUAAAAUACCAAUACUUGAACCAGUUGAAUGUUCUACAUUAGCUCAACGUCGUGUUCGUGCCAAAUCAAUUUUAACAAAUCAAAUUAAAGUAGAAGAAAGGCAUUGAAUUUUCAAUAAAAAUCCAUUGAAUAGCAUUCAGUUGUAAUAAGAAUGAAAUUAGUGAUUUAUUAUUAUUAUUUUUUGGAAAAAUAUAUAAUCUCAUUAAUAUUCCAUUUUAUUCUUUCUGUAUUCUUUAUCAUCUUUUCUUAUGUUUGAUUAGUAACUCUGCUUGUUUUAUACGAAUAUUCGUCAAGGUUAGAACGAAUAGUUUGACAAUAAUUGGGCGCCGAGUUUUUUUUAAAAAAUUUCAUUUUACAUGUAAAAUAUUUGCCAAUAACAUAUUUCUGUUAUUAUAUAAACAUACAAUUCAAUGAAGAACUGUAAAUUGACAUGGAAACACUUUUUUUUCUUUUUAUCACUUGAAAUAUCCAAUCAUUUUUUUUGAUUCUCAAUGACAUUAUAUCUAAAUAAUUUAUCUUGAUAUACUUGUAAAAUGUAAACUUUAUUAAUAUGCAUAUAAUGCAUAUUAUUGUUAUAUAUUUUAUACAGAUCAUUCUUUAUUUAAUAUUCACGUAUCAACUUUUAAUUCAUGAAUGAUAUCAAUGAAUUUACCUGUAUAAAAAAAACACUUUUUCGCUCAUAAUGAUUUUGAUCAUUUAGUAUUUUGUUAUUAUUAUUAUCAAUAAUAUGAUUGUGAUAUAUAUAUAUAUAUAUAUAUAUAUAUAUAUAUAUAUAUAUAUAUAUAUACGUUAACCGUUGUCUUUUAUUCCAGUUACACAAUGACAAUAAAUGUUUUCGCUUGUGUUUUAUUUCUUCAUUAUGAAUAUGAGAAAAUUGUGAUAGCGUUGUGUGUGUGUGUUUGGGUUAGAUAGCUUUUUUGUACAACUUUCAUUAUCAUUCUGAAUAAUAUCAUUAGAACUUACUCAGUAUAGAAAUUAUUAAGGUAUUACAACUGGAAAUUUCAUUUUUACAUGAAAAAGACGCUAAUGAUGUUGUCUAUGACUACAUUGGAUGCUUUGCAAACAAACUAUUUAGUUUAAAUAACCAGACAAUAUCAUGGAUGUUCACCCACCGUAGUUGCAAGGUUUCUCUGUCAUUUCAAAAUCGGUAAUGUACGGCGAGACUAAACUUUAUGAACGAGCCAAUCAGAAGCUUUCGUUGGUUUUCAAGGUCACGGCUCUAAGUUCGGUACCUGACGCUUAC